UCAAGUUGUCAAAUUAUUUUCGUUGACAUCCUGGUUACGGAUUAAAUAAGUAACAUUAACAAAAAUAAAUCUAAUACAUCUAAUAAGUUAAGAGUUUUGUACCUGGAUCGUUGUAUUAAAAUGAAUUCAAAAAAGUUUUUAGUUAUUUUGCUCCUGGGAGCAUCUUUUGCUUUCCCCGUUGAUGAUCGUCAUCGCUUUUUUACUGACAUUGGAAAUAGUCAAUACUACAUACAAGAUAUUCUAAAGGCGAAUUGGCAGACAGCUUUUAUGUUAUGCCGGAAACAUGGACUCCAUCUACUUUCUGUGGAUAAACAAAGCCAAAUUUCUUUAAUAGAGUUCCUAUCGCAAAAGGAAUGGAAGGAGAAGUUAUUUUGGACGUCAGGCACUGACAGCUUGUUAACCUCUUGGUACUGGAUAGACAUUGGUGAGCCCUUUGAAGAAGUCUCCACAGAACUAGAAGAUGAUUACAACACUGAUAACCAUUGCUUAGGCGUCAAAGGGAAGACUUUCUAUCGUGCAAACUGCAAUUCAACUUAUCACUUCAUCUGCGAGUACAGAAUUGACCCUUCCAGUAGAUACUUUUAACAUAUUUGCUGUUAGUUAAUUUUGUGUAUCUAGUUCUUAAUAAAUAAAAUAAAUAUGUGGUUUAAUUGU